AUGGCGCUCAAGUGUGUCCAUCAAGGUUGCGGCAAGACCUAUGCCGACGGAGAAGAGGAUGGAUGCAACUAUCAUCCUGGUCCUCCUGUCUUCCACGAGGGACAGAAAGGCUGGAAGUGCUGCAAACCGCGCGUCUUGACCUUUGAAGAGUUCAUGUCCAUUCCCCCCUGUACCCAAGGCCGCCACUCCACCACGGACCUGCCCCCAAAGAUUGAAAAGAAGGAAGCCCGGGAAGACGCGCCCACGCUCGCCGCCGCUGCCGCGCAACCGCCCGCAGUGCCCCGCGUCCCCGUAGCCUCCGCCACGGCAACCCCACCGGCAGAGGCGCCCGCACCGCCGCCCGAGUCGGAGGAUGAUGACCCGGCGCUAGAGAUCCCGGACGGCAAGACUUGCAGGCGGAGGGGCUGUGGCGCAACUUAUAAGAAGGGUGCCUCGAGGGAAGGGGAGCAGUGCGUCCACCACCCGGGUGUGCCCAUCUUCCACGAGGGCAGCAAGGGGUACAGUUGCUGCAAGCGGCGCGUGCUUGAGUUUGACCAGUUCAUGAAAAUUGAGGGAUGCGCGACCAAGGGUAGGCACCUGUUCGUCGGCAGCGGCGGCAAGAAGAAGGGGGCCGGCGCUAAUGGUGCGGGGGAUGGUGAGCAGUUGUUGGAAUCGGUCAGGCACGAUUACUACCAAACUGCAACUACAGUUAUCGCGUCCUUUUUCCUCAAAAAGAUCGACAAGGACCGUGCAAAGAUCAUAUUCAACACACAGUCCAUCAGUCUGGAUCUGCCAACCGCAGACACCACGCGCUACCGGACGGAGGUGCCUCUCUACGCAGCCGUGGACCCGGAAAAGUCGACGUAUAAGAUCUUGGGCACCAAGCUCGAGGUGAACCUGGUCAAGGCAGAUGUUGCGUCUUGGCCGGUGCUCAGGAGCGACGAGAGGCACACGGGUGAGAUACUACAGGUCGGCAGGGCGGGGAGUGUUGCCCGGUGA